CAUUCUUAACUCUGAUGUUUGUGCUCCUAAAAAUUUUAAUAUCGUAAGCCACUCAGUUUGAAAUCGAGAGUCGGACUGUUUCGUCAAAGGUUGUUUGGUUUUUGGCACCAGUUUUGAUGGCUUUUAAGGAAGACGAAAAAUCUAAGAUGCAUCCAAAAAAGGCUUACUUCAUAUUCAUGUACCUCUGCGGAACGUCCCUGUUCUUCAUAGUGGCUGGAAUAGUUUUACUGUGCAUGUGGGGAUCGUUAUACGAUUACAUCAUCAGGAGCAACCUAAUUUUAAAGCCCAAUUCGACGGCUUACAGCGUGUGGGUCAAAAAUCCCGUACCACUGUCCUUGAAACUGUUCGUUUUCAACUGGACCAAUCCGAAAGAUAUCUACGACAACAACACGAAGCCCAAAUUUCAGCAAUUGGGUCCUUAUUACUUUUCAGAGACUAAAGAGAAGUCUAGUGUGAUUUGGAACGACAACGGCACAGUUACUUACAAGAAUUUGAAGAAGUGGUACUUUGAAGCCAGUUUGAGCAAUGGAAGUUUAACUGACACUGUGACCUCCAUCGAUCCUGUGGCUUUGUCGGCUGUAUACACUACCAGAAGCUGGAAUUAUUUUGUGAAGAAAAGUUUGUCUGGCGUUCUGCUAAGCAUGAUAGAUUCGGUGUCGAUCAGCCAUACAGUUGGCCAAGUACUUUAUGAAGGUUAUGAUGAUCCGCUUUUGAAGACAGCCUCCACGAUCAGUUCCUUUCACGCUUCACUCCCGAAGAUGGAGAAGUUUGGGUGGUUUUAUGGUAGAAAUGGGUCGGAAGACUCUGAAGGCUCCUUCAACAUAGACACCGGAGUGUCUGGGCGAACAGGCCAACUGUACAACUGGAGAUACAGCAAUCACACGACAUACAAUCCAGGAUCGUGUGGGGCUUUAGAAAACACCUCGGGAGGGGACUUUUUCCCAACUGAUCUGAAGAAAGACAGCAUCAUCAAGUUCUUUUCGCCUGACAUGUGUAGAUAUGUCGAAUUGGAGUUCGAGAGGGAAGUUGUGAUACACGGGAUUGUUGGCUAUAAAUAUGCCGCUUUUGAUAAAUUUUUGGAUAAUGGCACCAAGGUACCAGAAAACCGUUGCUUUUGUGAUGGCGACUGUAUGCCAUAUGGCUUACUAAAUAUUUCCGCCUGCCGUUACGGAUCUCCUGCUUUUGUUUCACUUCCAAAUUUCUACAAAGCUGAUCCCUAUUACCUGCAAAACGUUGAGGGUUUAACCCCAGAGAAGGAAAAAAAUGAUUUCUUCAUGAUUUUUGAACCGAAAACUGGUAUCCCUCUACAAGUUGCUGCCAGGUUGCAGUUGAAUUUGCGACUUCAAUCAGUAAAAGGAUACAGUUUAUACCAGGGGGUGCCAACAGUUUACUUCCCGGUGCUCUGGUUCGAGCAGGUAGUCGCAAUUCCAGAAAAUAUGACCUUCACCAUAAAACUACUGCUCAACUUCAAAGUGAUAUGUUGGGCGAUAAGCAUAAUCUCGAUAAUCGUCGGUAUAUUGGUGCAGAUCUGCAUGUGCUACAAACUGUGUACCAUGAACCUCUUUGGAAGAAAGAAGUCGAAGAAAGCGAACUCCAAAAGUGCUGAGCCGGAAAUCGUUCCUCUCAAGGAAAAUUCCACGUAGUAGAGAACGUAACUAUUUAGAAAUGUAAAUAUAGACCGUAAUAAGCCAAUGUUUAAAACAUCUCUGGAACUCUUUUUUUAAUCUGUAAGCGCGUUUGUUUAAGCGUUUGUGCUCGACGGUAUGAUCUUGGAAAGGAAAAUGUGAUUAAUUGGUUUCCUUUUCACGUUAGGAAUUUUUUUUUGUAGUGAAUUUAUAAUAAAUACUCGUAUAUAAAUAUUCUUUUGAAUUUAAUAUUUUUAGUGAUCAUAAAAUGAUAAAUAUUUUUAUUUGAACAUACUUUUACUAUGGUGAAAAUUUGUUUUAAUAUUGUGCUUAAAGUACCCGUAAUUUACUCUAUUUUUUUUACUUAGUUUUAUUCCAGUAAAUAUUCGCCAAUGUUUUCUUUAUUAAGAAAAGUUUCUUUCUAACUUUCAUUUUAUGACAUCUGUUCACAUAAAAAGCAAAAUGAAAUACUUGUGUAGAACAUUACAUAGCUUCUAUACAUAUUUGUAUUAUAGUUUUAUUGUGUAUAUGUAUAUAGAGCACACAGUCAUAUCGCAAUUUAUUUUGAUAUUUCUAAAGUAUUAAAAUCUGCCCCAUCUUAGAUUUUGUUAAUUUUGUACCAGUAUGUACAUACAUAGUUCAUAUAUUACAUGGUCAAACGAAAUGAUUUCUAUUUUUUGUGAUAUAUAUUUUUAUAAUCAUCUUGGUAAAUGUUGUAGUCUAAAAUAAAACAGUAUUUUCUGA